CAAUUUGUAGUUUUCGGACCAAAACGUGCUGUAGCAAGAGCCAGAGGAUGCAAACAUUUUGAAUCCGAUUAACUUACCAAUCUUUGUUUGCGUCCGCGGGCUUUGAAAAGUGACAUUGAUUGACUUAUUACAGCGAAAUAAGCGAGUGAACAGCCGCACAGAGCGGAAGUGGAGGCGGUUAGCGCGCUGGACUGCUCGCGUGCGGGCUGCCAGUAGUCCGUUUCAUUGAAACGCCAUCGGUGAGUUCAAGAGGACAAACUCCGCUUUCUGACCCGUCGCGUUACCGCUGCUAACACAAUGAAGCUGGAACUGACCCGGGUGCUUCAUGGAGGGAGCAGGUUAGGCGUGUUAAAGGGACUCGGCCGGUCAGGGCAGCAGUCUGUGGAGGUGCCGGGGUGUCUGCUGUACACACACCUGGGAGCAGUGCCUCAUCUGACGCAGGAGACCCUCCACACCCUCAACAAGUUGCCUCCAGUCACACAGGUCACCAUGUCUCACAUUGCAGAGCAUUGUGAAGUGUUGGAGGAGUAUAAAGAGGGAUUCAGGAAGUUUUCGGGUCUGCAUGAUACAGUGUUGUACUCCUCGCUACACGACCCUGCCAGUCAAUGUCCACCUGGUUACACCACUAACAAGACUGUAUCGGUGUGGGGGAGCGGCGGACGCAUCGAACUGACGGUGCAAAAGUUCAUGGAUCUUCAGAAGCACGUGCAGCCGGACUGGUACCAGAGCAUGGCGGAUGGAGAGACGUGGCAGAACGGAACCUCCCGUAAAAGAAUAAAAAAAUCGGUGACUCGCACUCUUGCCCACCUGGAUGAGUGUCUGCUUCUGCAUCAGAAGUCAGAGGAGUUGAAUGGUGUGGAGGUGUUUGGAGUUGUGGAAGGGGGAGACAUCCUUGAAGAAAGAGUGCACUCCGCGAGCGAGACGGCCAAGAGACCGGUGGCAGGUUUCUGCCUGGACGGUCUCCAGACUGGUGCCAUGACCCAGGACCUGAGAGUGGAGCUUAUCAGGGCUGUGAACAAAGAGCUGCCAGAGGACAAACCAAGGCUGCUCCACGGUGUGGGGCGUCCCGACGAGGUGCUGGCGUGUGUGGAGGCUGGAGUCGACCUGUUCGAGGGCUUCUUCCCUUUCCAGGUCACGGAGCGAGGAUGUGCUCUCUGCUUCAAUUUUGACAUCUCACCAAAUCCGGAGCUCGCAGGUAGAGCGCCCCCUGCAGUGCUGCAGGAGGAAGUGGAGAGUGGCAUAGCAGCAGAACAGCACCAACAUGGGAACGGGAAUCAAGACGCGUCGUCCCAGAUGACGUUGUUUGAGAUGGAUCUUAAAGAUAAGAGGUACCAGGAUGACUUCAAGCCCCUGGUAGAGGGGUGUGGCUGCUACUGCUGCAGCAACCACCAGAGGGCGUACGUUCACCACCUGCUGGUGACCAAUGAGAUGCUGGCUGGAGUUCUGCUCAUGAUUCACAACACAGCUCACUACCUAGGCUUCUUCAGCAGCCUGAGAGAAGCUAUGGCUGCUGACAAACUCAGCCUCCUCAGGAGUCGGAUGCUCGGGGAGAUUUAUUUAGAGAGCUCCAGAAAUAGUUUGUUCUAAACAGGUUUUACCUUUUAGUAUUCCUUCCUGUGAAACCUUCCUUCUCUUCUCGCAUUGUCCUUUCCUGAACAGCAAGCGGUGUACACAGAACAGAUUACAGGGAAAGAUGUUGCUGUGUGAGUUGUUUUAUAAACGCUGUUUUUCACUGUCCCACUGUUAUUUACUGGGAGAAAGAUGUGUUCACUCCAG